AUGGGCAGCAUCUACAAGGAAUAUUUCAACACGGAGAAGAUCAGGGAACACUACAACUACACCAAAGAAGGCACGGAAAGUCCUCCCACCACCUCCCACAGGGUGGUCUCCAUCCUCAUCAUCAUCCUCUGCUGCUUCAUCGUCUUGGAGAACCUCUUGGUCCUCAUCUCCGUGUGUCGCAACAAGAAGUUCCACUCGGCCAUGUACAUUUUUAUUGGCAAUUUGGCCUUUUCGGACCUUCUGGCCGGGUUGGCCUUCAUGGCCAACAUCUUGUUGUCAGGUUCUACCACUUUUAACUUGACCCCAGUGCAAUGGUUCGUCCGGGAGGGAACGGCUUUUGCUACGUUGGCAGCUUCGGUCUUCAGCUUGUUGGCCAUCGCCAUCGAACGCCACGUGGCCAUCACCAAGGUCAAGGUCUACAGCAGUGACAAGAACUGCAGGAUGGUCUUGUUGAUCGGGGCCUGUUGGGUCAUCGCCGCCGCCAUCGGGAGCCUCCCCAUCAUGGGGUGGAACUGCAUGAGCGACCUCCAGGAUUGCUCCACCGUCCUCCCCCUCUACUCCAAACGUUACGUCCUCUUCGUCACCACCAUCUUCACCCUCAUCCUCUUGGCCAUCGUGGGGCUCUACACCAGGAUCUACUGCAUCGUCCGCUCCAGCCACGCCGAAAUUGCCACCACCCAAACCUUGGCCUUGCUCAAGACCGUCACCAUCGUCUUGGGUGCCUUCAUCUUCUGUUGGUUCCCUGCCUUCAUCAUCCUCCUGAUGGACGCGUCGUGUCCAGUCCGGUCUUGUCGGAUCCUCUACAAAGCCAACUACUUCUUUGCUUUUGCCACCCUCAACUCGGCGGCCAAUCCCAUCAUCUACACCUUGAGGAGCAAGGACAUGAGGAGGGAGUUUCUCCGGGUGCUUUGUUGUUGCGGGGCCGGACGGCGGGAUCGACCCGCGGGACGUUGCGGGAUCCCCCUUCGUACUUCCAGCUCCUUGGAGCGUUGCAGCCCCAAGUGUGAGCUCCCCACCUCCCCCAUCACCCGGGAUUGCACCACGUCUGUCUAG